AUGGCACCGCAGGACGGCAUGCCUCCUCCAAUGGCAACAGAGUCUCCUCCUUACGCUCCCACAACAUGGCCAUUUGGUGGUGCGCCAGAAAAAGGUAUCGAUGUACCAGCCCAAUCAGUCAUGAUGGUGUUUUUCAUGAUUGGGGCAAUCACACAUCUGAACAUCUUCCGAAAGAACCAAAAAAGAGGCUACAAAUUCCUACCAAACCUGUUCAUUUUCAUAUUCUGCUUGGAGCGCAUCACGACAUCGGCAUUACGAUUGGCCUUGGUGUACGACCCGACAAGCAUUGGCCUCUCCAUAACUUCACAGAUGUUCAUACCAUCCAGUGUGGUGAUUUUGUUCGUUAUCAAUGUCAUCUUCGCCAUACGUCUUGUGCGCUCCACACAUACUUCUGUCGGCUGGCACCCUGUUUUCGGCAUUGCAUUCAAGAUCAUUUACGCAUGUCUUACGGCCACCAUUAUCAUCGUCAUCAGCUUCACUAUGAAAGGCUUCUUUACGCUCAACGGAGACACUGAUGACACUGUCCGCAUCCUCCAGCGAUAUGGGUCAGUAUUUCUCGCAGUUGUCGCCAUACUUCCGUUGCCCAUGACGAUGUUUGCAUUGCUUACUCCCUACUCGCCACUUGAUCGUUUUGGAGCCGGCCGACUACGGACAAAAGUUUCCAUCCUGCUCGUCAGUACAGCCUUGCUGUCUCUCGGUGCAUGGUUUCGCUGCGGCAUCAUUUUGCAAGCACCUACGCCGCGAUCGGAACCUCUGCCAGGGUAUCUCGGGAAAGCGCCGUACUACAUUUUCAACUUCUUUGUGGAAAUCAUAACUGUCCUCAUGUACGCCAUUCUUCGCGUUGACCUCCGGUGGCACGUACCCAACGGCGCAAAGGGGCCCGGCAGCUACACUAGGCCACCCGUCCAGGAAGAUGUAGAGAAGCAAGCUUCACCGCCCCCAUCUUCCGGCAAGACAUCAACUGUGACCAGGUCUCUCGGGACAAUCGCCGAAUCAGACGAGGAGGAUAAAGAAGAUAUUGGAGUCAAACCGCAGUGGCCACGGCCACCACCCAGAAUCAUAGAGAUUGAUAUUGGAACUUCCCUCCGCGACUCGCUGCCCCCAACGGAUUCCGACACGAGGAGGAAUUCGACCCACAGUUCGUAUCUUCAGCCCAAGACGGCGGACAGAUCUUCACGCGGCUCUAUCCUCUCCGAGCGCUUCUCCGUCUUCCUGUCCAGAUCGACAAACACGCUGGCGAGCUUCGCCACAGCAGAGCAGAAGCAGCGGUGGCGCCAAAGCGAAGAAUCAAGAAUCGUUCGCCGUUUAGGCGGUCCCUGGCAACAGCUGCCUAGCCCGUCCGAUACAUCGUUUAGCGGCACCCGAAGUCCAGCGAGGAGUGCUUUCAGUCGCACCACGGCCGGCGACGACGGCGUGGAGCCACCUACACCAGCGUACCUUGGAAACGCUUCCGACGCGCCCAGCAUCCCAGACCUCGUAUCGGACUGGACACCCAAAAUCGAAUGGGAAUUCACAAGUCCGCAACGGUUCCUCAGUCUCAAGCGACGCACCAUGAUUGGACUAGGCAAUGGUACUAAUUGA